UGCCAGGUUUGUGCAGGGAGUGAUGGGACACGCCCUUCCGUCCUUCCCCGACAGGUGGUGAAAUACGAGAUCAGCCUUGGUGCCCCAGCCUGGAUCCACCACGUGUACCAGUCUGUGCUAACGCUCCUCCAGAACCAGGUUGAUACGCCGCGGGAGCUCCCAGCUGUGGCGUCUUACUAUGAGGAUGGUGUGUCGGGAUACUGUCGCGUCACCUACAAGGUGCACUCGCUGGCCAAUCUGCACCACGAGCACAAGGUGUACAACAUGACCAAGACCAAGCACCUGGACGACUGCCAGCCUCGUCGAACCGGAAACAGCACGAGCGGCGCUCAGACAUACCGCGCCGACCACUCUGAGCGUCUAUCCAACAACUUGCUACCGCUACCCCUGGAUAACACUUCCACAGAACGUCCCGAAGAUCUUGACACGGGCGACUCCGCGGUAACCGCGCACGAGGUCUCCUACUACAGGGUCCACGGCAGCCUCAUCGAGAACGCCCUCUCUGAGAGUCUCGUCACGUUGCCCGUGCUAGGAGGCCCGGUCCUGGUGCGAACGCGCCUUCAGCUCGAGCUGGCCAGCCACGGAGCGCCACCAGCGGACACCGCGGUGCAGUUCGACGGAGUGCAGCGUACCUCGCUGAAGCUAAACUUGUCCGAGGUGGCCGAUCACUUCAACAGGUACGCCUACGGCUACCUCGUUGGCAGCCCCGAGAAAGUCAAGCCUCAAGUGUUCGCCAAGCUCCUUGAUGAGGUGGCCGAGGAGCUCGCCAGUCUCGAGCUCAGCGUUGAGACGAAGAGAACUCCUGCGCUCAUGCUGAAGCUCGUCAGCAUGAUCUCGCUCCUCAACACCGAGCAGCUGAAGCAGGCUAUGCCGCCGUCCCUCCUCAGCAAGACCAGCGACCUGGAACCCAAGGAGCAGCUCCUCAGGGCUCUGUACAUCGAUCUUCUGCGCAACGCCAGAAGUAGGUCCGCCGUCGAAAUGGCCCUCCACCUCAUGAAUGAGCAGCUUCUGUCCCACCAGGAAAUCGCCCGUUUGUUUGGCGACCUGUCAGUAUUCUUGGCGACCUUCGUUGACACAGACACCCGCGAGCUGCUCCGGGACCUGUGUAGGAGCACUGAGGGGUUUGUGGAUAUUCGUCUCAGAGCAGCCACAUGCAGCCAUCUUGAAAAUGCGGUGACUGGGGGUUGCUCACAUGAUGCCUGAUACAGCUCAGUGACUGCGACACCAUAUCUCAAAACUCUGCAAGUCUACCAAGAGGCGUGCGACUGGCCACACAACUUGUCUUGCACUUUGCUCAUGGCAUCUAGGUGUUACAAACAAUAGUUUAGAUGAUUUGCAUUGCCCUGGCACAAUGAGCAGGGCAAGUUAAGAUUUUCGCAGAAAAAGACUAUCACGUGGCCUUGACUUGCGUUAAAAGUGAAAUUCGCUGAAGUGUUUCCAAUCUGCUACCGAAAAUCAUGUUCUUGCUCUGGUUAGCUGUAUCUGUUUGUGAAAAUCAGGACACCAAUAAAUGACAUGUAGCAUACGAAGCUAUACGGUUGUGAAAGCAUUCAUGUGUGUAUGUGUAUCACAUACACUUACCUCUACCUUAGC